UGCAGCCGCUUCCUGAUUCGCAGGACUCAUUCAUUUCAUCUCCCCCACUCUCUCUUUCUUUAUUGUUUCUGUGGUCUCUCUCUCUCCUUGUCUCUAACUUCUGCAAACAAUGGCCCUUGAGGCAUACAGAGAGUGAUUGAGAAGGAGUUCUCGAUUCAUGGGUUCUUCUUUUUCCCUGCAAUUUCAUUCGUCCUUUCCUUGGUCUGCAGGUGCGAAGAAGAUAUCGGGUUAGGUGUGAAUGUGUUGGGCUCUUUCUCAUUGUUGAAUAGCUAUCGUUAUGGAUUCAACUUUAGAAGGUGCCACGCUCGAUCCAUCUAAGUGCAGCAAGUUGAGUAUGGAAGAAAAAAGAGAACUUAUCUAUCAGAUUUCUAAGUCCCAGGGUGCUUCAGAGACGUUGCAGUCAUGGAGCCGACAAGAAAUUUUGAAAAUCCUGUGUGCAGAGAUGGGAAAAGAAAGGAAGUACACUGGCUUGACAAAGUUGAAAAUCAUAGAAAAUCUUUUAAAAAUUGUCUCUGAAAAGAAAUCAGGAAACCAGGAAAUUACAACAGAUCUUGAACCGCUUUCUCCUCAUGCAAAUGAGCAGAAACCAGCUAAAAGGCGGAGGAAAACAGAGAAUCCGUCUCGGCUGCCUCUUCCAGCAAACAGUGGUCUAGUCACUAAUGGUGAUGGAGAUUUGGGCAGUAGUAGCACCACAUACUGUAAGAAUUCAGCUUGCAAAGCUACCCUAAGUCAAGCAGAUGCAUUUUGCAAAAGAUGCUCGUGCUGCAUUUGUCAUCAAUAUGAUGACAACAAAGAUCCUAGCCUGUGGUUAAUAUGUAACUCUGACGCUCCAUUUCGUGGUGUUUCUUGUGGCUUGUCAUGCCAUCUUGAAUGUGCUUUAAAACAUGAUGGUUCCGGCAUUCCCAAAAAUGGAGUUCGUCCCAAGCUUGAUGGGGAUUUCUGCUGUGUCUCAUGUGGGAAAGUGAAUGAUUUGCUCGGAUGUUGUAGAAAACAACUGUCAAUGGCAAAGUGUACCAGACGUGUGGACAUUCUUUGCUAUCGUGUCUUCUUGACCGAAAAACUUUUACAAGGGACUGAAAAGUAUAAACAAAUUUAUGAAAUAAUUGAUGAGGCUGUCAAGAAACUUGAAACUGAGGUUGGCCCAUUAACUAGCUCACCAGCGAAGAUUGGUAGGGGAAUUGUAAACAGACUUUCAUCAGGACCAGAGGUCCAGAAACUCUGUGGUUCUGCUUUGGAAUUGCUGGAUUCAUCACUUUCUGAAGUAGUCUUGCCUCCAUCACCCGGUCCGGCAUAUCAAGAUACAAAAUUGGUCGCUUCAGAUAUGGUGGGAUUUGAAGAUAUCGCUGCAACAUCGCUCACUGUAGUUUUGGGUUCAGAAAACCCAUCUGGGGAAAAUAUUGUUGGUUACAAUUUGUGGCAUCGUGCGGCUCAUGAUGUGGACUAUCCCUUGGACUCAACUCGCACGUUGUAUCUACCAGACAGAAAGUUCACUAUCAGGGAUCUAAUUCCAGCCACAGAAUACGUCUUCAAAGUUGUUGCCUUCAAUCAUUUGAGGGAGUUGAGCAUGUGUGAAGUCCGUGUUUUGACUGAGCAAGGCGAUGAAGAAGCGCCCAACUGCUCAACAACGGAAAGAAUUCAAAGCCCAGUAACAAACUGUAGCAGCCUUUCCAAUCCCUCAUCAGUAGAAGAUGAAACUAAUAACAGUAACCCAGAUUGUGACCAGACCGAUAACCGGGUGGAGAAUCAUCUUACCGAUCAAAAGGACACUGACAAGCUUGCUUCAGGAAUUUUAUCCAGUGACCUCACUAACUGUUCCAACACUGGUGAAGGUAGACUUCCGGCAAAUGCUGAUUCCUCAUCAGACAAGGAACAUGCUGUAGGAAAGAUUGGCCCUUCUUUACCUAGUUCUGAUGUGUUGAAGCUUGGCAAAAAACACUCACCAGAGGAGCAAGUCACUGAGGACAUGAUCACUGAUAAUGGGCUUAAUCCGCUGGCUCAGGCUAGGAGGGACUGCGCAGCAGGUAGGCCAGAGGAAGGCCUUCCCAUCACUCCAUGCAAGCUGGAAAUGCUUAAGGAUGGGCCAGGAAGAAAGGGGAGGUCUAAAUCGAGUUGCAAGGCCAAGGAUCAAGAAAAUGGGUCUGGGAAGAGACAAUGCCCUCAAGAUGGAAUCAAAUCAAAGAAGAGAAAUGGGGAAAGGCAACAAGUUGAGGAGUGUGAUGCAGAGGGGUUUUCUUCUGAUGGAGAUUUUGAGUAUUAUGUGAAGGUGAUUAGAAGAUUAGAGUGUGAAGGACAUAUAGAGAAGACCUUUAGGCAGAAAUUUCUGACUUGGUACAGCUUUAGAGCAACAACCCAAGAAGUUAGGGUUGUGAAAGUAUAUAUUGAUACCUUCAUUGGAGAUCCAACAUCUCUUGCAGAGCAGCUUGUGGACACAUUCUCAGACUGCAUAUCAAGCAAGAGAACAUCUACGGUGCCACCUGGCUUCUGCAUGAAGCUUUGGCAUUAGCCCAGUUUAGGCUAUUGAAGCCCAUUCAUGCUGCUAAGAUUUGUGAAGCAGUAUUCUUUAGAUAUCUAUUAUUCUUCAUUUAGACAUUCACCAAUUUUAAUUUAUUUCAUCAUUGUCAUUCAUAGGAUGAGAUAACAAUUAUAGAUUUUCUUUUU